AUGUCUCCUAACACUCAACCCAAAACUGCUAUAGUCACCGGCGCCGCACAGGGAAUCGGCAAAGCGAUCGCCAUCCAACUUGCUAACGAUGGGUUCUCCGUUGUCAUAAGCGAUAUCGCAGCCAAACAAAGUCUGAUGGACGAUGUUGCCGCCGAAAUCAAGACGAAGAAUGUGGACGCUCGAACCUUGGUCGUACCAGCGGAUGUUUCAUCGGCGAGCGACGUCAACAAUCUCGUAGCCAAAACCAAGGAAACCUUUGGUGGUCUGGAUGUGAUGGUCGCCAACGCUGGCGUUUGCUGGUCCAAGUCUAUACUCGAUGUUACCGUCGAAGAGUGGGAAAAACUAUUCGCCAUCAACGUUCGCGGCGUGCUGCUUUGCUAUCAGGCUGCGGCAAGAUUAAUGAUCGAGCAAAAACGCGGUGGUCGGAUAAUUGGUGCUUCCUCGAUUGCUGGAAAGAAAGGUAGCGCGAUGAUAGGUGCAUAUUCCGCCAGCAAAUUUGCCAUCCGAUCGUUAACUCAAACGGCCGCCUGCGAAUGGGGUGUACACGGUAUUACGGUUAACGCGUAUGCGCCCGGGACAAUAGACACACCCAUGUUACGCGAAGCUGCGGGCGCUGUUAUAACGCCUUCAGGCGCCAGCAUCAUUGACCAGUUCAAAGCUGCCACACCGCUCGGAAGAGUCGGCGAGCCAGAGGAAAUAGCUAACUUUGUUUCUAUGCUUGCAUCAGAGAAGUCCAGUUACAUGACAGGCCAAACCAUCACUAUUGAUGGAGGCAUAUGGUUCGACUAG